CCCGCACCCCGCAGCUGCCGACCCGCAGCCUCCCGGCCGCUCCCUCCCGCAGCAGCGGUUUCGGUUUCAUUUCCCCACGUGAUUUCCAGGAAAGCCACCGCGGGUCUAUAAGAGCCCGGCCCCGGGGUGGCACCCUCCGGUCCCAUCCCUUCCCGUCCCGUCCGUGAGCGCUGACUUACGGACGCCUCGGAGCCAUGGCAGCGCUGGACGGAGAGGGGGACGCCCAGAGGCUGCGCUUCGGGCCCUGGCUGCUGAACGCCGUGAGCAGCGGGUCGUACCGAGGGCUCUGCUGGAUAGACCAAGCCCGUCGUAUCUUCCGCAUCCCUUGGAAGCACAACGCCAGGAAGGAUGUCACCAGCAGCGACGUGGAGAUCUUCAAGGCCUGGGCGGAGGCCAGCGGAAGAUAUGAGGGGAAUGCAGAGGAUCCAGCCAAAUGGAAGACCAAUUUCCGCUGCGCCCUGAGGAGCACCCACAUGUUCACGCUGCUGGAGGACCGCUCCAAGUGCAACAAUGACCCACACAAGGUCUAUGCAGUUGCCUCAGCCAUCUCCAAUGACAGAGGUUUGGGGGGCCCUGUGGCGGAUGCCCCACUGCAGCAGAUACAGCCGCAGCUGUUGCUCAACAACCAUGAUUUGACCUCGAAAAACACGCCCACAGGCAGCGCUGAAGGUGUUGCUGCACCAGCCCUGAUGCAGGUGAAUUUGGACAUGCUGCAGUCCAUACUGCAGCACUGCAACAUCUCUGCCCUCAGCUCCCAGCCAGCCCACUGGGCACACACAGGGGAUGCCUUGCCCGAGGACGCUGUGCUGCUUCCUGGCCCAGGUGUCUGCCUCCCUGUGCCACAGUUCCAGGACUGGAGGCACCUGGAGGAGCAGGGCACCUGCACCCCCCCAGAGCCCCUGCUGAUGGAGGACCAGCCCCUGCCAGGUGGGGGCUGUGGGCAGGAUGGGCCCGGAGGCUUCUCUAUGAGUGAGGAAUGCGCCAUUCCUGCACCAUCCCCGGGUGAGGAGCUACUCUUCCAGCCUGCCAACCCUGCACCUCCACCACCGGCAGAUGACACAGGAGAGCAGCCCCUUGUCCUAGACAUCACUAUCUACUACCGAGGAAGGGUGGUUUACCAGGAGCAGGUGGGUGACACCCGGUGUGUGCUGGCCUACCAGCCCCUGGACCCGGCCGUGGCCGAGCAGCGGCUGGUGCUGUUCCCCAGCCCUGCCAGCCUGGCCGACGCCAGGCAGCGUCAAUACACUGAGGAAUUGCUGCGGGUGGUGGGGCUGCGGCUGGAGCAACGUGCCAACCGGCUCCUGGCCACUCGGCUGAAGAAGUGCAAGGUCUACUGGGCCUUGUCGCAGCAGCUCGAGCGUGGGGAACCCCCUCAGAACCUGCUCGAGAGGGACGAAGAGACCACCAUCUUCGACUUCAAUGUGUUUUGCACAGAGCUCCGGGACUUCCGCGACAGACGCAGGGAGCGCUCCCCAGAUUUCACCAUCUUCCUCUGCUUUGGGCAGUGCUUCUCCGGAACGAAGCCCAAGGAGUCCAGGCUCAUCCUGGUGAAGCUGGUACCCAAGUUCUGCGAGUUCUGGUAUGAGCAGAUGCAGCGGGAAGGAGCCUCCUCCCUCAACAGUGGCAAUGUCAGCCUGCAGCUCUCUGACUCCUUCAACCUCUUUGAGCUCAUUGAGCAAUACCACCUGCAGACAUUCUGAUACUCCCUUCCUAUGUUCCUCCUACGGCCUCUGCUGUUCUGCAACAAGCUUUCUGGCUCCGCUGGGCCAGGAUUGGGCUGGUUUCACCGUUACAGAGGAGAAAAGAGCAGCAUUUGCAUCCACUCCCUGGGCACAUCUUGCAGCCCUGCUCUGGCCAUGAGUGCUGGCUGAGGGUCAACACACAGCACAUGAGCAGCCAGCAGCGGGGCCAUGCCAACCAGCCCAGGUCCUCUCCUCCAAAAGCUGCUGCAAAAAGCUUGGUGGUUGGGAAAGCCUUUACUCUGACCGCGUGGCGCUUCAACCCCACAGCACCGGCAUGGUGUAUGGUGGGGGUCCUUCCUCCUUCGCCCCCAGGACAGUUCCUGUGGAGGUGGAGCUGGUGUGUGGCUUUUUCUACAGCUGACUGGAGUUUUUGGGGAUUGUGGUUCUUUUCAGAUUUACUUUUCUGAAGUUUUGUAAGUUUAAAUGUAUGUCUAUAUAAAGCUGCUUCCCACUCA